UUUUGCUUGUCAGGGGCAUGGCAUGCGUAUUUUCACCACCCUGGGAGCGUUUAAAAAUGCAAUUUUUGCGGGAGGUGCCUUUGGAGGGGCGAGCGCCCCCCGAAGGUAAUGGUAGGGGAAACACUGGUACAGAUGACAUCAUCAGCAUCUCGAACACUAAUGAGCUCUUACAUCAUCUUUUAGUGUAACAAAGAAUUGCAGCCAGAUCCUUCAAAACAGACAAGAAAUGCAAGCCACCUGGGCAUACAUCACAUCUGACAGUCCAGUCUGAUCAUUGUACUGGCAAAGAUAUCAUGCGUCUUGUUUUUGUGCUGUCAAAGCAUGCCUCUGUCAGGAAUGUACCUCAUGAGCAUGUUACUAAAACAUCAGGCUGUAGAUCCCCGUGGGAACAGAUGUUUAGCAGUUCCUGUGCCAUUUCACAUGUCAGAGAUGCACAAGCACCACUUUCAGUCUGCGUGUGCGCGCAGGCACGAGGCUUUGAGCAGGUGGUCGGCAUGCUGUCGUCUCCUUGUGUUUGGCGUGUCUGUGGAAGCUGCCCGUCUGAGCUGCGAGACGCCAGCGCUGCUUUCUUUGCGAGACAGAAACGAGACGAGGGAGGGAGAAAAGGGGGUGGACGGAACCCGACGAGAAAGCAAGAAUGAGGAGAUGAGGCAAGUGAAGAGAUAAAAAGCCGCGAGCGAGAUAAGAAGCAGAUGGGAGGGUGACGCAGAUGCCCACCAGCCUGAUUUCCCCUCCACCUCCUCUCGCAAACACGGCUUUGUGUGUAAUGAUUAACCGAUCCGAGGAAAGCGAGAAGAGCGACACCACAACAGUUUUCAUAGGAAGUGACACAUGAAUGCAACAUUAUAUAAGCACACACACUGUCUUCAUUCAGAGAAUAGCGAAACAUGACCGGACCAAAAGGAGGAUACUACAAGGCUGAAUUAGGGGAGCCACACAAGUUUGACCCCGCAUUCAGAGGACCCGUUCACAAUAGGGGCUGCACAGACGUCCUCUGCUGCGUGAUCUUCGUCAUCGUCAUCCUCGGCUACAUUGCUCUGGGAACAGUGGCCUGGAUGCACGGGGACCCCCGGAAAGUUGUCUACCCAACAGAUAGCUAUGGACAGUUCUGCGGACAGCAGGGCACUUCUAAUGCAAAUAAAGCCAUAUUAUUCUACUUCAAUAUUUUACAAUGUGCCAACCCUGCAGUCCUCAUUAACCUCCAGUGCCCUACAACUCAGUUGUGUGUGUCCAAGUGCCCGGACAGAUUCGCUACAUACAUAGACAUGCAAUACAGCUAUAGACGCAAUAAGAGCUACUGGGAAUAUUACAAGCAAUUUUGCAAGCCAGGCUUUAAUAAUCCUGAUAAGCCUGUUGCUCAGGUGCUCAGGGAUGAAGACUGUCCCUCCAUGAUCGUGCCAAGCAGACCAUUUCUCCAGAGGUGCUUUCCUGAUUUCAUCACUAGAAACGGGACAUUAACUGUUGCCAACAAAACAAGUUUCAAAGAUGGAAAUGGAAAAACAAGAAGCGUUGCUGAUCUAAGAGAUGCGGCGAACAAGGUUACAGCCAUGCAGCAAGGAACAAAAAGCGGGAUAACCAGCCUGCUGGAUGCCAAGGAGGUGGGCACCAAGAUCUUUGAGGAUUAUGCCAGCUCGUGGUUUUGGAUCCUAAUUGGUCUGGUGAUAAGCAUGCUGGUCAGUCUCCUGUUUAUUUUGCUGCUGAGGUUCACGGCUGGCGUUCUUUUCUGGUUUGUCAUCUUUGGGGUCAUCGCUGCAGUCGGAUAUGGAAUAUGGCAUUGUUACUGGGAAUACAGAUCCCUGAAGGGAAAGCCAGACUCUGAUGUCACCAUCUCAGACAUUGGAUUUCAGACUGACUUUAGGGUUUACCUACAGCUGAGUCAAACAUGGCUGAUAUUCUUGAUCUCAUUGGCUGUUAUUGAGGGCAUCAUCAUCUUAGUGCUGAUAUUUCUGCGCAACAGAGUUCGUAUUGCAAUCGCACUUCUGAAGGAGGGGAGCAAGGCAAUUGGUUGCAUUAUGUCAACACUGUUUUAUCCCAUCAUCACCUUCCAGCUGUUGGCUCUCUGUAUAGCAUACUGGGCUGUUACAGCUGUGUUUCUGGCAUCAUCUGGAGAUGCGGUGUACAAAGUAAUGUCAACACUACCCGACUGCAAGUAUACCAACCUCACAUGUGACCCAAAGACUUUCGGACAAUCAAACGUGACCAAGCUGUGUCCGGGCUCCCAGUGUACAUUUGCAUUUUACGGCGGGGAGAGUUGGUACCAUCGAUACAUUUUUGCAUUUCAGCUCUGUAAUUUAUUUAUCUUCCUCUGGCUGGUCAAUUUCACUAUCGCCCUGGGCCAGUGCACCCUGGCCGGGGCCUUUGCCUCUUACUACUGGGCCCUGAGGAAGCCAGCAGACAUCCCACCCUGCCCCCUGGCUUCAUCCUUUGGCAGAGCUUUAAGGUAUCACACUGGCUCCAUUGCAUUUGGAGCUUUGAUCCUGUCCGUCGUGCAGUUCAUCCGGAUCAUUCUGGAGUAUCUCGACCACAAACUGAAAGGUGCUCACAACGCGUUUGCACACUUCUUUCUGUGCUGCCUCAAAUGCUGUUUCUGGUGCCUUGAGCACUUCAUCAAGUUCAUGAACAGGAACGCUUACAUUAUGAUGGCGAUUUAUGGGAAGAAUUUCUGAACGUCAGCGCGCAAUGCUUUCUUUCUGUUAAUGAGGAACAUCAUGAGAGUUGCUGUUCUGGACAAGGUGACAGAUUUUCUGUUGUUCUUGGGCAAACUGAUGAUCUCAGGGAGUAUAGGUGUCCUUGCCUUCUUUUUCUUCACCCGCAGAAUACCAGUAAUCCAGGAAGAGGUGCCGUCAUUAAAUUACUAUUGGGUCCCUCUGCUGACUGUGAUAUUUGGAUCCUAUAUGAUUGCACAUGGAUUCUUCAACGUUUAUGCAAUGUGUGUGGAUACAUUGUUCCUCUGCUUCUGUGAAGAUCUCGAAAGGAACGAUGGCAGUCCUUCCAAACCGUUUUACAUGCCUCCAGGACUGCACAAGAUCCUUAAAAAAGAGGACAGUGCAGGAAAAAAGUAUGCAGUGUCCUGAAACUAGAUCUUAGGGGGAAGCAUACUGUAGUACUGUAGCGCACGGCAUCUGUCCUGCAGCAGAGCAAAGCCUUAUGGGAGACAGAAUCAGGAGCCAAUAGCAUUUAUAGAAGUGAUCUCCUCUCCCUUGAACUGUCUGCCGACACUGGCUAGCUCUCGCCUAUACUUGCUGUACUUUUUCCAUACUUCUCUUCUGUUUCUUUCUGCUGGAGUUACGUCUAUCAUUGCCUUACCUAUUGCUUGUCUUUCAAGAGCUAAGAACAGAAUUAAGGGUCGCUGAGGCUGUUAUAACCAAUAAUGACCAUAAUGCAAAGGGUUUUAUGAUGAUUUUUACUCUCUUAUGAUCUGCUUCAUCCUAUUUUGUAUACAAAACUGGGUUUAUUGGCAUCAUUGGUUUUUACUCCACAUGCAUUUAAUAUUAUGUCGCUGUAUUUAGGUUAUCAGAAUAAGUUACAUUGUAUAUUCUAUUGUAACAGUUUUGAUAGAUUCUGUACAUUUUAAGAUGUUUUAAGGGCAGUAUUUAGUACCUGUGCCUAGAUUUACAAAGAAGUUGGGUACUCUUCUUUGGUUCUUUGCAAUCAAUUAAAACCUUUUAAAGUUCAAUUCAUGAGGAACUUAAAAGCCAUUUUUUGUAUUUUUGUAAUGUGUGUGGCAGCCUGCUGCUGUCUGCUCUGUCGGGUUUAGUAGGAGUUAAAUGUUUUUUAAUGGGCACAGUUUUGUAAAACUGAAAAUGUGUUUUUUCCCAUUAGAAUAAAGCUGAAUUAAAUACUAUAAAUGGUUUGUUU